AUGUGCAUCUUGUAUAAGGAGCUGAAUAUCCAUCUUCUCUUUGAAUGGGUCUUCCAGAAAUCUCCUGGAUAUUCUUUGACUACAAUGCAAGUGAAUGCUAUAAAGCGACACCACAAAUUCCGUAAUAGAUCUCACUUUUCAAGAGACGCGAAGCGGAUUUACGAGGAGAGAGAAACACCAACUAAACAGUUACAGACUAUUGAACAGGGGAGCAAAACUCUGAUAUGCAUCUUGUUUACAAAACUGGAUGUCCAUCUUCUCCCUGAACGCGUCUACCUGAACGUUGACUGUUACUCAAAUGCAAGCUAA